CUCCCCAAGCGAGACAAGCAAACACCUUUUUGUCCUUUCGCAGCCUGCCAUCGAUCAAUCAAUUCGUUAACCGGUGGCUCGUUUGCGCCGCCCCGUGCGCAGGGUUCCAGCCUCAGGCCCGCCACCGGCCCCUCCCGCUCCCGAACGCGAAGGCCGGCGCCGCUGGGCCGACGGCAUCCGCCGCGCGCUGGGUACCAUGGCACGGGCCACCGCCCUGCGGGGCCUGGUCGGCAUUGCGGCGGCGGGCGGGCGCCGCGUGCGCUCCUGCGGCCAGCGGCGGGACGCCGGCUGGCGUGGGUUCCGUGCGGGGACCUCCGGGGCCACAGCGGCGGCGGGCCCCCGCGGCUCCUCGCCUUUCCGUUCCUCGGCGGCGCGGCAGGCGGGGUCGCUGCGCGGCGCGGCGGCUGCGGCGGGGCGCAAGGGCUGGGUCUCCGGCGAAUUCGAGAGUGAGGAUGGUAAGGUCACCUGUGGAUAUUCAAGCUACAUAGGGCGGAGACCUACUAUGGAGGACUGCUAUGCCGUUAAAUUAACUAAAGUUGAUGGGCAGCCAGUUAGCCUGUUUGGCGUAUUUGAUGGUCAUGGAGGAAACCUUGCUGCUGAAUAUCUGAAGGAUAAUCUUUUCAAAAACCUUAUGAAGCAACCUGACUUCCUGACAGACACAAAGCUUGCAAUAAGCAGAACAUUCCUUGAAACUGAUGGGGAUAUCUUAGAAACAAUAUCUAGUUCAUUUAGAGAUGAUGGUUCAACAGCUUUGGCUGCGGUUCUGAUUGGCAAUCGUCUAUAUGUAGCAAAUGUUGGUGAUUCACGUGCUGUUGCUUCAAGAGCUGGCAAAGGUAAAGUGGCGGCAAGAAAGAAAAGACCAAAACCUGUCCCACUGUCAAAAGAUCACAAACCAAACAGGAAAGAUGAACGAAAGCGAGUUGAGGAUGCUGGGGGUGUUGUUAUAUGGGAUGAUACAUGGAGGGUUGGUGGCAUUCUGGCAAUGUCCCGUGCAUUUGGCAAUCGUAUGUUGAAGGAAUAUGUGAUAGCCGAACCUGACAUUCAGUGGAUCUGCGUGGUAUGUGGGAAAGAGUAAAGGACUCUAUUCAUGGAAGGGAACCUUUUUCCUUUACUGGUUUUCCGUGGCAAGGGAAAGGUUGGAGCAUGCUAGCAUGGUUUCUCAUGAUGAAAUUUGUCACACGGGACUACUUGGCAAGUGCUUGGUAUUUCUGGAGAGAUAGGCAUCUGAGUCAUAAAACAUCUAGACAUUGAAGAUACUCUGGAACUAGAAUAACUAAGAAGACUGUCAUGGUUUCUGCCUAUCAUGCUACAAUGAGGUGUGGAUCGUAGAUUUCUUUCAUUUUAGGUCUGUAUCUUUUAAAAGGGCAUAAAUAUUAAGCUGUCAGUAGGACCUCACUGAAGUCUCGAAGUGAUAUUCUGGAGUUUUUGUUCUCAAGUAUUUGAAGCUCAUGAUUAGUCCAUUUGAAAUUUUCUUGAUGUUCUCGACUUGCAUAGGAAAGUCUUCUGAAAAGUUCUUUUUAGCAAUUUGAUUCCUUAUGUCAGAUAAGUCCGAUGGAAAAUUAACCUUUGGUAACAU